AGUAACUGAGCUGGAAGGAGGACUGCUCUCUUUUCGCUUUUUUUUUUUUUUUUUUUUUAAAAUUAUCGCGUGUCCUUUUUUUUCAAACUUUUUAUUUAUUUUUACUCCCUCGCUUUAUUGGACUUUAUUGGCCAAGUUUGAGCAGGUGCCGAGAUGGACGAGGCAGAGAAGUACAAACAGCGACUGGAGGCCAUUGCUGAGAAGCGUCGUCUGCAGGAAGAGCAGGACAAAGCCAGAAGAGAGAUGGAGGAUGAGAAGCUCAGACUACAGCAGCUCAAGAGGAAGUCUUUGAGGGACCAGUGGUUGAUGGAAGGAGCUCCCUUGUCCCCGACCUCCCUGGACGCCCAGAGCCCUCGCUCCCCUCUGUGGGGCACACAGGCCCAGGAAAUGGAAAAGCACAUUGACAAGUUGCAGUCAGAGAGUCAGCGGUUGGCAGAGGAGCGAGAGAAGCUGGAGGAACAGACGGCGGAUGGCCAAACGCAGGAGGCUGUAGAACAGGCAGAUGCUGCAGCAGAAAUGAUGAAAGAUGUUGUGCAGAAUGGAGAAAACAAGGCAAGAUCAGAAACAACUGAGGAUGAAGUGAAGGUAAACCAAAGUCCAGUACUAGAUAAAACCACAGUCAUCCUGACCAAUGGUGUGGAAGCCGGUGCUGACCACAGCGCUUCAGAACAGAAUAAUCAGUCAACCACAAAUGGACCAACUGAAGACACUGAGGCUACAUUGGGUGCUUCAGAGGCAGAGACUGGCCAGCUUCCAAAUGUCAGCGUUGAGGAGGAGGAAGAAGGGACUUUGGUGAUGAGAGCAGAAUGUGUGAUCAUCACAGAUGAAGGGGAUGAUGUACCGGAGGAGCUUACAUGCCAAGAACAUCAGCAGGAAUUUAACACCCCUCUGACAAAUCCAGAAGCAGGUGAAGAUGAAUGGGAGCCUGUGGAGGAGGUAGGAACAGCAACAGCUCCAGAAACUUUCUCAGAAUCAGUGAAGAGUGAGGCAACUGAACUCACUAUAGGGACACAACCAGCAACCGGAGAUGGAGACAUGGAGGGUAGUAUAAAGACAACAGAAAAUGGAGCUGAAGAGACAAAAGCUGAAGGCCUUGCCAAAGAAUUGGAACAUCCAGUCUCUGUGGACGUGCAGUCCCCUGCCAAUGCUCUAGAGGGCACUACGGUGGCUCCUGUGCCUGUCUAUUCUGAAGCUCAACCCUCCACUGUCAGUCCUGAGCUAGAGGCUGAGGGCGAAGCUUCAGCAGCACCAGAGGAGGCUGAGGCGGCUUUAAAAGCCCACGAACCUGCCUGUCCGCUUGGCCAGUUCCAGGAGAUUCCCUUGGCAGAUCCUCAGGAGAACCAAAGGACAGAUGCAGGGCCUGGGGAGCAGGAACCCCUUCUGUUGAAUGUCAAAGCCCCCAACAACAAGGCAGAGCCAGCAGGAGCUAACAGCCCAGCCAGCACAGAGACACAGAACCCAAGCAGAGGCAGCCAGAGAGAGGAGACUGAGGCACCCAAACACAAAAGCUGCCAGUGCUGCUCUGUCAUGUAAAUGCCCUCUCUGUACAUUCAUCUCCUCUCAGCCUCUUCAGUCCGUGUCUCUGCUGUCCCGCCGUCACUUUGUUUUAUGCGUCCAUCCAUUUUUGAAUCAGUAUUUUCACAAGCUGUUUCCCUUUCCUCCACUAACCUCUGCCAACAUUCCUUGUAUUCAUCUCGAAAUUUCCUCAUCCUCGGUCUCGAGCUUUGAUACUGCAACAGGAAGCAAGCUCUGUCCGACAUGAAGAGAGAGGUCUCAUGGACUGUAGUUUUCGAGUGUCUUAAGCUCACCGCCUGUGACUUUGCUUUUAAAUUCCCCUCACAUAACAUGGACCAAAACCUGAGGUGUUUUUUUUUGUUUGUUUGGUUUUUUUUUUUACACUCUUUGAGUUUGAUAUGCUUUUCUUGGUUAGCAGAUGAGCCAGCUAUAUGACAUAAAACUCACAUUUUAGAUGCAGUUAAGCGAAAAGCAGACUUGUUUAUAUUUUAAUUUGUUGUAUCUACAUGUGUAAUUCUGAAAACUAUCAAAAUCUAAACAUGACAUGUAACUGGAAAAGCGCAAAGACCUGGAGAGGUCUGGGGAGCAUAUUAGACUAAUUUAUCAACUUUAUAACUGAAUUAUUUUAUUGAUUUUGGACUUUUGUUAGAUUGAUUUGUGAAUCUGAGUAAAGUACAGGGCGAGAAGAUUUUUAUUUACUCUAUAGUACAGGUUAGGAGAAUAAAUAAACUAUGCAAUGAAAUGGCCUAAUUUAUAAACAGUGUGCACCAUUGAAUACUUUGUGGGCUGUUGUCAAUUUUAAGAGAAAUUAUUUUAAAGUACCUGAAUUUUGUAUUUUUACCACGUGCUUUAGAAGAGAGGAACCAGAGCUACUGACAUAGCUCUGUAUAUGGAUGUAUAUACUGUAUACAGAAAGCAUGUGUUAUUUUUGAGUUUUGAAAUGAUUGGUGAACGGUGUAAUGAUUAAACUGACAUUACUAUGCACACAUGGUGUUUAUCCAGCAUUUCUGGUCCUCAAACACUGGACUUGUCCCAAAACCACAGCAUUGCUUAAUGCAAACUAAAUAGUGUUUAGCUUUUUGUUUCACGAGAUUUUUUUUAUUCCAGUGGAAACAGAGCAAAUGUCUGUUCUCAUUUCUUACUAUAAUAUGAAACAUAUGUGUACCGAACCCACAUAAGCAACUAUAUACCGGAAAAUAAGUGCACUCAUAGGUCUUCAUGAUUUCUGUCCAGUUAUGUAUUUCUUCAUAUAUGCUCACUCUUUAGGAAGCACCACUAGCUGACAGAGCUUUAUUGUUGUCAGACAAUUUAAGCUAAGGUUUAGAGAACAAUAUUAUCCCACCACCAGUGCUCCAAAAAACUGAAAAUCAUUCAAGUAUUAUCAUUUCAUUUAGAUGGCGAUAUAUUUUUGCUAUUCCUGUAAAAUAUUCUGCCUCAUCCACACACUGAUUAGAACAAGCUGUGUUAAAAAGUGAAGUAUUUCUAUAAUUACGUCAAUAUUAGAGCACGCAGCUUUAAACUUUGAAGCAAAGGAACCUAAGAAGGGAGCUAACAUCGACCUGUGAUAACAUUUUACAGACGGGGUGGUUUAGAGAGCACACAAGAGCCUGUACCUGGUGCUUCCUGCAAAAUGUCUUAAAGAUCCUCCACUUUUGCAAGUUUGAGGAGCCUGACAAAGUUGCCUGAGAUCCCUGCUGGGUCCGUUCUUGUAAGUUCCAUGGCUAACUGUGAAAGAAAUGUUGCAUGAGGACCUUGUAUUUAAGCUAGACACAAGGUGGAGAGCAGUCAACCUGCUCCAGGAAUAAGAAAGUCAGCAUACUGUUGCUAUUCUAAUUCACUGUGCUGUGUCUACAAUAAGUUUAUUUGUCGUAAAGGUCACAAAUAAUGGAAAAUGCUUGUUUCUCUGGCUUUUAAAUGCACAUACAUGUCCCCAGUUUCCCCCACACACAGAUGACCCAUGACACAGAUCUUGAGCCUGACUGACAGUUCCCAGAUUGUAUAAAGACAUUUUUUUUCUUAUUUACACAAUCUAAUGCAGAAAAGAUUGCCUUAGCAAAGCAAAUCUGAUUGAUUUUAUUUGCAAUACUCAGCACUGCUUGCAGCGCAUGCAACAGAGUUAACAGCUGAGCAGACUGGUGCAGAGUCAACCAGUGUCUUCACAGUAACUAGUCUGUGAAAUACAGUACUGAAAGUUAAGAAAAAUGUCCUCAUCAUUUUCCUAUUUCAUUGUAGUUCUAUAUAUACACUAGUCAAAAGUUUGGACACACCUUCUCAUUCAGUUUUUAUUUAAUUAUUUUAUACAUUGUAGAUUAAUACUGAAGACAGCAAAACUAUAAAAGAAUACAUAGGGAAUUAUGUUGUAAACAAAAAGUGUUCAUCUACAGUAUUAAUUUACAAUGCCGAAAAUAAUACAAAUAAAUAAAAAGCGUUAAAUGAAAUGUGUCCAAACUUACGACUGGUAGUGUACGUUUAUAUAUUUAAAAAAAAAUUGCUGAUAUAUCAAUAUCAUUUUCUUUACUCCCUGAAAUCAAUAUCUGUCAAAAAAGAAAUCCAGUUCUAAUGAGGCUCUUGAAGGAUCCUCAGAUUUUUUGCUAAUGUGUCUUUUAACUUCACAGUCUGUGGAUCCAAACUAUGUCACCUGUGUGACGUCGUUCAGUUUGCAAUCUGUUUUGGCUUGUUUGGCCAUAGGAAAGCUUAUUUGCAACUCCAGCAGAGAAAAAAAAUACAUUGCUUUAUUCUCAGGUGAGUUGAAGAUAGAUCUCUGUCAUUUAAGCUUCAUUUACCCUCUCUGGCAGAAAGUUACCUGCUGGGUAUUGGAGUAUGUGUCAUUAACUGUGUGCUGCUGUGACUUUGCACCACAACAGCCCAGUUUGCAAAGGUGUAAAUGCAAGAAGCUUUAUAUAUUUUCAUCAGUGAAAGGUUAAGGAAACUUAAGCUUUGUCACUUUGAAAAUAUAUUAUGACAGGUUUGAAUCAUUUACAUAAUAAAGCAAACCAAGGUCAGUGCUUAAUGUACGAGAGAGCUUACAACUAUUUUAAGUCCGUCUCUAACUGAAACAUGUAUUCAUCACACCAAACUGAAAUAGCAGUGUUUCCAGUUAGUAGCCAUAGAUAAUUUAUUCUUUAAAUAUAGCAUUUUAUGUUCCAGUAGAAACAUAAUAUGUGACUAAUCGUGAACACACAUUACCACAAGGCCAGUAAACAUCCAGUGUAAAUAUGUAAUCUUCAUUUCCACAUGGGUAUCUUACCUGGAAUUUUCAAUAUUGCAAAACAGUGGUUUGUUAAAAAAACAAAAACAAAAAAAGACUAUAAAAAAGGAAAGCCUCUGUACCAGACACAUUUUCAGUGAGACGCCACAGUGCAACUGAAAUUAAUAUCCCAAUAACAAAACAACAGACAUACAGAGACAUGUUUGCUGUAUUUGUCACCCUUCUCUGUUUGAUGUCAGUGGGCCAUUCAGCUCCUCUGGUCUGUGAACAGUUGGUGAAGCCUUUGGAUCAGCUUGAUCUUCAGCAUUUGAUGGGAAAAUGGGCUGUGAUUGCAGGCAGUCUGAAAAAUUCUGACUCUGCGCAACAUUUCAACAGAACAGACAGUGUAACUGUGGAUAUCCAGAACUCCACAUACAUUCAAGCUAGUCGUGUUGAUGACACGUGCCAGUAUCGGAGCCACAACUUCCAAGGAGGGAACCUAUUGACGCUGAGGGAGGGAAACUUUAACUUUACUGGAACCCUCUUAAAUACGUCCUGCUCAGACUGCCUGGUGAUGACUUUGGACCUGGAGACCCACAAUUAUAAGUCAGUGGACGUCUACUUUCUCAGCAAGAGGAGACAGCUGGAGCCGAAGGAGGUAGAGGAGUUCACUGCUCAGGUGGAGUGUCUGAACAUGCCUCCACCUAUUGUGAUGGAUCCUACAAAGGAGCUCUGUCCCACUGAGGCCACUGCUCAACCUGAAGAGAAUCCAGAGGGACAGAACGAUUAAAAGACAGUGAAACACCUUAUUGUGUUGAAGGCAUAGCCAUCAAAACACACAAAGACUGUUUAAUUGUUUUUCUCUGUAUGUUACUGAGCAGACAUAGUCCAGAAUGAAAGUUCAUGUAUUGCAAACCAUUACACUUGUAAUUCGGAUCUUUUUAAUUAUUCUGUAACUACAAAUAAAUUUGUUUUUAAGAUGCAACUUUCUGAAGAGAGUUUAUUUUUCAGCUCAUUCCAAGAUACUGUGCUACUUUUGAGUGCCAUCUGAUGCAUAAUGUUAGGAACUGAGCUUAUUCAUGCUGUACUAUACGUAAGUGAGUGACCCAAAGGGAUAGUGCUGCAAAGAUUGCAUCCUUUAUUGAGAAAAUUUACAGGACAGAAAAAACGGAAUAGAAAACUGAAAACCUGUUUGAAAAGAGUUUGGUGCCUUCUGGUGUAGGAAGGAGAGGCAAAGUAGAGGCCCAAGCAGUUCAGCAGGGUGCAGUCGCCAUGACAACUUGAUCUGAUCGUGUUAAAAGCGGGUUGUAAGCACUUAGGGGUCAACUGACCAAAGAUUGUUUUUGUAAGUUACGUGUGAGGGCAUGUUCUUUUUGGUCUUGUGCUGCCAAGAUGCCACAUUAACUUUAGGAUCUGCAAGCUUAGAGUAUUGCACAUGUGCAGGUAUCUACAUUGGCAGAUUACGUGGGAUAUUUUGUCUGACAUUAAGUGCCGGACUCUGUGCCUUUAAAAAAUAUUCACCCCUCGAAAAUUUUUCCUUUUUAUUGUUUUCAACAUUGACAUCAUGGUUAAUACAAUUUAGCUUUUUUUUUGGCAAGAACUUACAAUCAAACAAACAAACAAAAAAAGAAAAUGCUUUCAUGUCGAAGUAAUGUCAAUUAAUUAAAACAAAAUGUAAAGUAAGUGAGUGAAUAAUAAAUGAUUCACCCCCUGGAAAAUGACUCACCAAAUUCAACACAGGCACAACCAACUGGUGCUUAAAGUAACAAAAUUAGUGAAAAGGAGAUCAUCUGAGUGCAGUGAAUGUGUCUCAAAUGAUUUUAGUAUAAAGAAACCUCUUUCUGGAGGGUCCAGUCACACAGCAUGAAGACAAACAAACACUCCAAACUGCUCCAAAGGUUUCUGAAAAGCAUAAGUAAGGGGCUGGAUACAAGAAAAUGUCACAGAAUGAUUCUUGAAGUAUACUUAAAUGCAUCAUUAAGAGAUAGAAGAAAUGUGGCACAUGCUUCAAUUUGCCUUGAGCAGGCCGUCCUCAAAAACUGAGUGAUGCAAGAAAGAGACUAGUAAAAGAGGCCACCAAGACACCUAUGACUCCUAACAGUGACAUUUACAAGCUGCAGCAGCUGGGAUGGGAGAGACUGCGUACAACAACUAUUGCCUGUUCUUCAUCAGUCAAAGCUUUAUGGGAGAGUGGCAAAGAAAAGGUCAAUGCUGAAAAAAGCUCAUAUUAAAUAUCAACUGGAGUUCACCAGAGGGCAUGUGGGAGACUUGGAGGUUAACUGGAAGAAGGUUCUAAUGAGAACAAAACUGAGUCGAGGCUACGUUUGGCAGAUACCAAACACUGCACAUUAUCACAAGCACAGCAUGCCCACUGUGAAGCAUGGUGGUGGCAGCAUCAUAAUGUGGGCAUGCUUCGCAACAGCAGGCCCUAGAAGGCUUUUGAUAGGUCAAGGGUCAAAUAAAAGCAGAAAAUUUUAGGAAUACCCUGGAGGACAACUUGAUGCUGUCUGCAUGAGCAUUGCAACACGGGAGAAGAUCUGUUUUACAGCAAGACAAUGACCUGAAGCAUACAGCCAAAGCCAUACAGAAAUGGUUGAAGGACAGCAAGGUCAGUCUUCUGAGUGGCCACAUCAGAGCCCAGACCUCAAUCCAACUGAGAAUUUAUUCCUGGACUUGAAAAGCACAUUUCACUUAUGAUCCCUACAACCUGACAGAGCUUGAGCAGUUGUGCAAAAAAAAAGAGAUAAAAUUGUGUCCAGUGUCCAGAUGUGCAUGGCUGAUAUAGACCCAUCCACACAGGCUCAUUGCUGGAAUUCUAACCAAAGGUGCACCUACUAAAUACUGACUUGAAGAAGAUGAACACCUACGUAAUCGCUCAUUUUACAUUUUAUGUUUAUAAGUAAUUGCCAUUACUUUGUAGGUAUGUUUUACUUUGAUGUGAAAUAGUCUUUUUCAAUAAAGUCUUUUUAAAAAUGUUUAAAUUGACCACAAUUCAGUGUUAAAAGUUCAGUGUUAGCAGUACAAGAGGAAAUGCUGUUUUAUAGAAACUAUAUACACAACCAGUUUUGAUUAGUUCAUAAUUUUCAGCUUUAUCUGUCUCACUAAACUAACUUAAAAUAUGUGCAAACAAGUAUGUGCAAUUCUUCAUUUACAGACUGUACUUGCUUGCACUUGUUUUCUUAAAAUACAUUAAUGAUUAAUGAGUGAACUGCACUGGACAAACACAGUGUACCUACCCUUUGCCACAGGUAACUGAGGAGCAGCUGGUAGAAGUCCAGUUUAAACAAUGAAAAGUCACUGCACUCAAAAUAUUCCUUUAUUUCAUAAUCACAGAAUAGACGGAAAAGAGACUCUGCUCUCUGAUAUUUUUAAUAUUGCCAAACUACAUGUUUUUUAAAGCAACUAUAUAACCAGAAAACCAAGCUUAUUAGUCAGGUACCCCAGUGUAACUGAGACCUGAUACAAUCAUUUCAGCAACUGCCUGCCAGCAAUAUGAUUUCAACACACAGAGUCAUGUUAGCUGUGUGUGCCGUUUUUCUCCUCUGCUUGGUGUCUGUGAGCCAUUCAGCUCCUCUGGCCUGCGAUGACUUGGUCCGACCUUUGAAUCAACCUGAUCUCCAUCAUGUGGAGGGUAAAUGGGUUUUGGUUGCAGGCAGUCUGAGCUACCUCCCAUUUAUAGAGCGAUUAAGACAAAGAGACACUUCUGCUGUUCGCUUCUCCACCAACGGCCCAUUUUCAUUUGAGUAACACAAAACAAUAGUGUUGAAAUAUCUUUCGUUAGAGAAACAAAAACAACUCAGAAUACAGAACUUAACAUCCAUGUGUCUAUUUGAACUUGGAUUUCAUACAACAUUGAUUUUAUAGGUGUCGUGUUGGUAUUACAGUGUGAAAUUACCAAAUUUUGAUAGAAGUUGCAUUUAAAGCUUGAUUUUGCAACAACACACAUUAAAAACUCUUUCAAGUUUAUGUCUUUGAAUUUUAGCACUUAGCAUAUAGGAACUAAUGUAGCCUGUGUAAAUUUAAGGGCACCACAUUCUCCAAAUCUGCACAGAAUGCGACUGCCGCAGUUCCAUUUAGCCUGACGUUAUGAACAGCUUGGAAAUAAAGCAUCUACUCCACUUUAGAAUUAAUUGAAACAGAAGCAGAAACAUUGCAGUUUGCAAAAAGCAGAUGUACCAUCCUGUGACCAGACGCUUUCCACAUCUCGACUUCACCUGGAAAGUCUUAGUUACUGUCUGUUUUAAAUUUUAAUCUUCAAUCAAUCCAGCAAUCAAAGUUUAUUUGUAUAGCCCUUUACAAAAGCCCAAAGGGUGACCAAAGUGCUUCAAUCUUGCUAUCAAAUUGACUGACUGGAUUUUUGAAAAAAAAAAAAACAAAGUAUCAUUACAUAUCAAGUUGUUGUAUGUACCGUGUGAGCAGAGCAGGACAGUAUAAUUGACAGCUCAAAUUUAUAGUUAUUUUUGUGACAUUUCCCAGCGCUGAUAGAAAAUCACUUUGGAUAAUUGAUGUUUUUGAUCCAUUAUUUUUCCACCUUUGUUUAGAUCUAAUGCACAUUUUGAAGAAUUUAUCUGCAUUUUUUAAGUCUGUUUUUCAUUCCAGGACACACUAAAUGAUUAGUUGAGAUUUUACUACUGGAAAAAGAAAAAGAGAUUCUGGGUUACUUUUAUUACUAUAUGUCUAUAAAUUAAUUUUAAAGAAAAUAGCAGAUAAAUGACAGGAAAUUUCUAGGCAAAUAAAAAUCUAGCCAAAUGAAACAGUCAAUAGAAAAAACAGGGUUGCAAAAGAUUAAAAUACAUAAGAAAAGAAAAACGAUCAACCGAAAUGCUAACUCUGGGCCCAUUAAAUAAACUGAGAUCAACAAAACAAUAUAGCUACAGAAGUCUGAAUUGAACAAAACCUGAUCUCCUCAAUGGCACAAAAGACCCAAUGUAUAUAUACACAUAGGCUAGCCUACAGACACACAAAAAGGAGAAGGACCUAUUUCCAUACCAUAAAAACCCGAAAAUACUGCCACCUAAAGACAUAGCACCUAUAAAUACUAAAUACCAAUACUAUCCCAAAACUCACACAAAUGUACGCAUGCCGCUUUUCUUGAAGCCUCUGCAAUUCAGGACUCCCCUUCCCAACACUGGGGGUUGGCGCCCUUCACUUCCUGUCUGCCAGCAUAAAUCUGCCUCUCUCUUUUGCCAGAAUCAGCAGCUGGUGGAGCAACAUAGAGAAAGGUGCAACGUAUUAACAAUUCAAACCAGUUUGAUAAACUUAUGAUCACUAAAUGUAAGUAACACUUCAUGAUACCAUUUUUUGAAAGACAUUAUUUGGGGCUUUUUAGCCUUUAUUGUAGUAGACAGUGGAGAGAAAGAUAGGAAGCGUGGAGAGAAGAGUGGGGGAAGGACAUGUAGCAAAUGGCUGUGGGUCAGACUCGAACCCAUGGCUGCUGUGUCGGGGACUAUAGCCCCUGUUUGGGGGUCGCCUGCUCAACCAGUUGAGCUAUGAGGGCGGUAUGAUGCCAAAUGUUGAUGAGUCCGUCACACACCCCCUCACCUUUGGUGCCUCACUGGGACAGCGUGACAGGUAGUCAGCUGUGGUGUUCUGUUUCCCAGGGAUAUGAUGCACCUCAAACCUGUACGGUUGCAUAGCUAGCUACCAAUGAGUUAUUCUGCUGUUGGUGACUGUCAUUCUCCCAAACCACUUAAAAUGCCCUAUGGUCCACCUCUAAGGUAAAUUCUCUCCCCAAGAGGUAGUACUUAAGAGAGUCCAAAGCUAAUUUGAUUGCAAGGAACUCAACUGUUGAAUAACACACUUCCCUCAGGUAGAACUUCAUACUCACAAAAGCCCCAGGAUGACAAUCAUCCUCCUGACCUUGUAGGAGAACAACCCCCAGCCCACAGUCUGAGGCAUCCAUUUGCAGGACAAGUGGUUGUUGGAAGUCAAGUCAGUACAACACAGGAACCCUGCUCAGUGCUUGUUGAAUGUCCUUAAAGGCUCUUUCUGUCUGUUCGGUCCAACACUGGUGACUGGGCCUUUUGGGACUGGUCAUGUCGGUAAGUACAGCAGCUCUGGCAGAGUAGUUAAGUAUAAAUUUAUGAUACCAACCUGUAAUACCAACUAAGGACUUGGGCUGUGUCCUUGUUCUUGGAAGUAGAUAGGACUGAAUGGUCUGCACUUUUUGAAUCUAUGACCUGAUGAUCCCUCUUCUAAUGACAUAACCAAGAUAUUCUGUCUCAGUCUUGGCAAAGGUACACUUGGCAGCACUGACAGUGACCCCUGCAAAAUGGAGACACUCAAAGACCACUUUAAGGUGUUUCAGGUGUUCAUCACAAGUGUUGAUGUAAAAGAAUGUCAUCAAAAUAGGUUACGGCAAAAUCUGAUAGACCUCCCGAGACUUUGUCCACAAGCCUCUGGAAAGUAGCAGGCAACCCAAACGGCAUAACUGUGAACUUCUACACUCCCCAGGGGGUUCUGAAAGCUCUCAACUCACGACAUGAUUGCACCAAAGGGACCUGUCAAUAUCCUUUACACAGAUCAAUGGUAGUGAGUCACUUGGCCUUGCCCAGACGGUCAAUUAGGCCAGUGGUUCCCAACCUGUUUGGCUUGGAGCCCCCCCUAUAAGCUGCACCUCAGCCCCUGACUUGCUCCUCUCUAUAGGUCAGACAGUGAUCUAAAUCAUUACCAAUCACCAGCUGGUGAUCAGGUCACAGCUCUAUUCUUUUCCAGAGUGACCAAGACAUACAGCCAUUUGACGCAAGAACUCAGCUGUUCUGCUACUAGGUAUGCUUAAAUAUUCCCCCAGCAGAACUGUUGAGUCCUCAAGCUGUGCCCUCUCCAGAACCAUACCCUGAGACUCUAAAGAGACUGAAAGCUUUGAACUACAGUUUAUUACGUGAGGCAACAGAUACUCUCCAGAGAAAAGACAGGGGGCUCAUAAGUAACCCCACACCCAACCAGUAAACUUCACCUUGCACGACUAUAUAGAAAAGAGAGAAAGUCCACAAAGAGCCCUUUGUCUCAGGUAAAAGAGAGCCAGAGACAGCAAGUAAGCCUUCUGUUUACACGAUCAAAAGUCACAGCACUCAAAUCAUUCAUCAUUUCAUUAUCACACAAGCCAUGAGUGGAAAAGUGGACUCUGCACUCUGUUAGCCUCUUUUCAGAAUCAUGAAGCUGAAGGUUUCUGAAAAGGCAUAUAAUCAGAAAACUAACAGCAUUAUUUGGAAACAUAGGUGUAAUGUACAUACAAAACGUGUGUGUGUGUGUGUGUGUGUGUGUGUGUCAAGACGGUACUGUUGGUUAUGGAAGAUUUAACAUUUGAAAAUAAGGUUGUUGGAGCUUUGUAACAUACAUGACUUGAGUAUUAGCAUUUAGUGAGUUCAGCUUGAGUGACUUAUACAACUAUCAGGCAAAAAGGGAGGAUAUAUAGCACAAUUAUGCACCUUCCAUACACAGUCUUCAUUUAGCCACACCUUUCAUUCCCGUCUGAACUUCAUUAUUCUCAUUUGAUAAAGAAAUUCAAAAUAGCCUUUAAUUUAGCCAGUGAUAAACUGCAAAAAGCCUAUGACUACAUGGCCUCAUUAAUAGAUUUUCAUCUGGUUCAGAGAUACGUAUAGCUUGCCGAGUACAUGUUUAUAGAGCCUUCUUUGCUCAGCUUUGUGUUGGCAGUUGUGUGAAAUGUGCUUUGGUCUUUUGUGCCCACAGACAUUUUCCUGAGAGUUCAGUUUAAUUAAAACAAAUGUGGACUUCAAUGAGAAUAAGGAAAUUUGCCAUGAAGAGUAUAAAGAUAAAUAUUAUAAGUUUAAGUGUUCACAGAAUGUAGGUUAGAAGCCAUCAUUUUUAAAAUUUUUUUUGCAUUGACAUUUUUUGUCUUUAUUAGCUCCAUUACUUUGAGCUACUGGUUGUUGUAAACUCAUCACCGUACAUGCUUUGAGUAUAUAAACAGACUUUAUCAAGACGUCCUUUUUUGUAUUUCUCCAGUUUGAAGGGUUUCAUAAUACAUAUUACCUAAAAUACCACAAGAAAUUGAUGAGAACACUGAGCACAAAUAGAAUUGUGUGCAAAUCAGUCAGCAGAAUGUAGGUUAUGGUCUGUUUUAAAUUUUAAUCCUGAAGCAUUACAUUUGUUUAACACUGUACCUAAAAAUGAACCAAUAAUACCACAGUGUACAGUAAAAGAGCAGUAUCCAUAGUUAAUAUUAAACAGUGUGAGUCCUUAAAACACACAUUUAUUACACAAUCACUAAAUAAACAGGCAGAAAAGGGGACUCUGCUCCUCAAAGCAUUAUGAAACCUGAGCUUUUUAAAACAACUAUAAAAUCAGCCAAGUGGCUUUAGAAGCCUCAUUUGCAGCCUGAUACUACAUAGUGACAGAGUUUAUAUAAACAUCUGAACACUAUCUGCAGACGGUACAAUAGCAUUUUUCAGAAUUCACAGACAUGUUUGCUGUGUAUGCCAUCGCUCUCCUCUGCUGGAUGUCUGUGAGCCAUUCAGCUCCUCUGGACUGUAAAAACUUGCUCCGGCCUUCGGAUCAAGUGGAUCUUCCCCAUUUAGAGGGCAGAUGGGUUUUGAUAGCAGGCAGCGUGAGCGAUCCAGCACAUCUGGAAAAAUUCAAGAGCAGAGACAGUGCCAUCAUUACCUUUGCCAAUCACAGUGACGCUUCCAAAGUUUCCUUCACGCGCAUCUUCAGUUUUGGUGACAGCUGUCAAUAUAUGAAGUCCAACAUCACACUCCAAGGCAGCGGCUUCACCUUUGAGCAGUUCAACGUCACUGUGACUGUCCUCCAAACGUCUUGUCAAGACUGUGCAGUGAUGCGGUUCGACGACCAGUCAAAGAAACCUGUUCGUUUUUACCUGUUCAGCAGAAAGAGGGAUGUGGAGCAGAAGGACUUGGAGGAGUUCAAGGCCCAGACAGAGUGUCUGAAGAUGUCUGAACCCUCGAUAAUGGAUCCCACCAAGGAACUUUGUCCAGAAGAGAUUUCUGUCGAUAAAAACGCUCAAACUGAAGAGAAGACAGACGGACAACAGGCCUAAGAGACUCCUGCUCGCAACACAUUCUCACAUAGGGUAAAUGAAUGGAAAUGAAUUACCAGCAGGUGCUUUGCACGAAAAUUAAAUUGGGUUGUUUGUUUGUACACAUUGUUCAGUUAAUGUUGGAUGUGCAGUGAAGAACAGUCAGUAGAAGAUGAUGUUCUUAAAUAAACCUUCAAGUGACAAACACA